AUGUCUACAAAUGCCAAGGAAAUCAAACAAUCCGACCGACUAAAGAAACUUAGAGACCUCCACAUAAAACGAGUAAAUAUAUAUCAACUAAGAGUUUAUUACAAUAAUAUGCUCAUUUUAUUUAAUACUUCUUAUUCAUCUACAAAUGCAAGUGUUAUAGUUAUUUUGCAAAUUUUGUUGAAAAAAAAAUCUAUUUAAGUCAGAUAAAACCAUUACUAAAACUGUUCUUGUAGGGCCUACAUUAAGAAUAAUAAGUUUGGUUUUAAUAUUGGUUCUGCUUCUCCCCUUUGUACCAAAAUGUAUUAAAAUCAAUUUCCAAAUACAAAUUUCAAAGUAUUGUUAUAAGUGUUUUAAUUUGGAUUGUGAUUGUAGGUAACCUAAACUAAAUCAAUUAUAUAUUGGUGGUUUAUGUAGAAUUUUUUCCUGUUUAUUAAAAUAAACAAAAAAUGAAAUUUUAAAUAAUUUAAUAAUAUAAAUUUUAUUAGUUUCUUCCUGUUCUAAUGUUUUAAAAAUUGUCGUUAUUAUACUACAUUAAUUUUAUUAUAUUAAUACAACUUGUAUGGAAGUCGAAUAGUUUGUCAAGGGUAUUCAAAAAGGACUAGCCUAUAGCUUUCAACUUCAACAUGAAACAAUAUGUAUUAUAAAUUUCAUAUUUUGAUUAAAUAUUUGAUACUGGUUUAGUUGAUCCCUGCCCAGAAAAUAUUACCCCACCACUGAAGUUUAAUUUAUGUUUGCCAUUUACAUCCUUCGUGUUUUCUAUGUUUUAAUAAUUUGUUAUAAAGUGUAUAUACCGCAGAUAAGAUAGGUACGAAAAUGAUACACUUAUUAGAUAUUUUAAAAAUAAUUUUUGGUAAAAUUAAGAUAUAAAAAAAGGUAUAACAGUGGGUACCAUAUAUAUUAUGGAGUAACCUUGGUUAUUUAGUUAUUGCUGUCAAAAAUACCAUAGGACAAAAAUUAAAUUUUGACAUAUUUAUUAAUUCAUAUCUAUUUUUAUUUUGACCACCUGAAUUUUGUAUAAUUCUUAGUUUAAAUGUUUAAUCUAUAAAUACAAUAUGAUAAAUGCCUUAAAUAGUUUUUGUACUUUUUGAUAAAUUUUAAAAUACGAGAUAAUACAUGUUACUAUUAAAACAUUGAAAACACGAGAGAUGCAAAUGGCGGGUGUUAACCUAAGUGAUGGGGAAUACUUUCUGGAUGGGAAUCAACUAAACCAGUACCAAAUAUUUAUGGUACAUAUCAUAUUGUAAUUUUUUAUUUUUGUAAUAAUUUUCCUGACUAAGUCUACAUGGAAACCUGAUAGAAAUGAACUAAAAUCCAAUCAAUUAUUUAAUUUGUUUUUAUUAUUAUUACUAUGAUUUAAAUAUAUAAUGAAAUCCAAAUGCUAAAUCUUAUCUGCCAAAUUAAGUAUGUAUGAUUUGUAUAAAUAGUAUCAAAUAGUAUAAAACAAAAUUACAAGGAAAAGGAUACAAAAUAUUGUGUUUAUAGAUACAAUAGAAGCCGCUUAUUAGAAACACUUUGGAACUGAGGUGAUACAUGUCAAUUAACUGAUUGUUUUUAAUAUACGACCGGUUUGUCCCUAUACAUUUUGCUUCAAUAAUGCGAUUAUCAAUUAUCCAUGUUCCUAAUAAGUGACUUCUACUGAAUUUGUGUUAUUAAUAAAAAAAACUGGAAGUACUCAGAUAUAUUUUAAAUAAAGAGUUGGAUGAUUGGUAAUACAACCUAUAUGUUCUAAAAUAAUGUUGUGAUUAUAAUAUGAAUGUGAGUUUUUUUUUAGUGUUGAUAAAUGAAGUACAUAAAUAAAUUAACUAUUAACAUAAUAUAAUAUGAGUGGUAUGAUAAACUGGAAUUUGUUAUUGCUCCAAUUUUAGAAUGAAGCAAGAGUAAAUAACCAUCAAGAAGUUAUUGAAGAAGAUAAGCAAAUGAAAUUACCAUCAAACUGGGAAGCAAGACAGAGAAAAGCUGAAUGGCUAUUAAACGAUGAUAAACUUAGAGAAGAUGCUAAAGAAAAGGUAUGUAGGUAUUAUUUAUUUAAUAUUUUGUAAACAUUUUUUAAGUGUUAAGCCCUAAGAAUGUUAAUUAGAAUAAUAAUUGUAGGGGCAAGAUUACAACCGUUUAAGACUUUUAAACAUGACAGCAAUGGAAGCAGAUGCCAUUGAAAAGAAGAAAAAAAGGAAAAAUCCUGACCUCGGUUUUUCAGAUUAUGAGCAAGCUACUGCUCGUCAAUACAACAGAAUGAUAACUAACAUGAAAGUUGAUAUGGAUGCAUAUGAAAGACAAAGAGAUAAAUUAGGUGGUGCAUUUUAUGCUGAAGCCAAUACAUAUUUACAUGACAAAGUUAAAGAUUCAAAAGAAUGCAUCGAUAGAAUGGUUGAUGAUUUAGAAAAACAGUAUGUAUUUUGUUGUAUGUUUUAAAAAUAAUGGUUAUAAAAAAUUAAUUUUUUAUAGGAUCGCAAAACGUAAUAAAUUCAGUAGAAGAAGAACACACAAUGAUGAAGCAGAUAUUGAUUAUAUUAAUGAGAGAAAUAUGAAAUUCAAUGCAAAAUUAGAACGGUACUAUGGAGAGCAUACCACUCAAAUCAAACAAAAUUUAGAAAGAGGAACUGCUAUUUAA